UGCGGAUUUUUAGUUAGAUUUCCAGUUGUUGAUUUAUUGCAAAUUUUCAUGGUUAUCUUCUAAGUGAACUUCUUAUUAUGGUAAAAAACUAAGAAGCAAAAUAUCGAGAUUUAACCUGAGUGUGUUAUUUCUAACGAAAACUACUACUUUUUAUCGCACAACGGAGUGUAAUCAAAGUGUUCAUUUUGCUAACCCACAAGUUGCAUCAAGAUGUACGAUUUGAAACCCAUCCUGAAACCGGUGGACAUUGAAUUACCGACCUGCAUGUAUCCGAUGAAGCAUAUUAUCGGUGUGACCAGCAGCAGCCAACCACCGGUUGCUUCCAACAGCACGGAGGACUUACCCGAGAUUCAAGUACUAGCGUCUAAACAAGAAAAAAUUUUAAAACAGUUGGCUGAACUACGCGAACAGUUGGAUUCGAUGCGAACUGGCUUAAAACUUUGUAACAAACCAGCACAACCAAGUGCCGCGGUUUCCACGAUUUCGCAGAGCGCGUCGACUAAACAAUUAGUUAAGAAAAUAGAACCAAUCAACCUUUCCUAUCUGCACGAUUUUGUAGUGAAUGCUAGCCCGGAGAACAUCCCCUACGGUUUACUAGCCUUGCAGAAACUUUGGUUUAGCCGGCUAAAUCUGACCGUUGAGUGCUUCACGCAUUCAACUAUUUCGAAACUCAGCGAAGAAGCAAUUAAUUUUCAAAGCAUUAUCACUAGCCACAAGCCAUCCGACGAAAAACUUCCAUGCAUUAAGGUGACCCUAAUAUGGAAAAAUGUUGGAACCUAUACCGAAAUGAUAACCUCGCCGACCGCGUACGUACCCAUAUGUGGCGAAGUCAACAUACUCCGGUUCCUGUCUCGCUGCGGUCCAAGCGAAUUUAAUUACGAACGACAAGAAGACGUAAACGAAGUGGAUUCUAUUCUUGAUGCCUGUUACCUAUUGAUCAACAAACAGAACGUAAAAGACAAGAAACAAAUUUUAAAAACUCUUAGCUCAAAACUGGGAAAAACUCCUAGUUUCGGUGGAACGGACAUCUCGCUGUGUGACAUAGCAGCGACCAGUGCGAUCAAGCAAGUGCAGAAGGCGCUUGCAAAAGAUAUCAAUCCAAACAUAACAAAAUUAAUCACGCGAGUGUCUGCCGCGGUUGGAAUCUAAGAAAAAAGUUACUGCAGUUACAGUUGUAGUUGCCGCGGUGUUUUCCCAUUUAAUCGACAAGCCGAGCUAAGUGUUCUUCAUUUUAUUUAAAUUGUUUAGCUUCAUACGUGCAAACGACAUUAAUAAACUACAGGCGUUCAGUCAUUUAUCUAUCUUAUAGUGAUGAGAAUGGACCUUGAUGUGAUGCACAUUAUACAUAUCAAUUUAGUUUUACUGGGCGGUGCUCGUUUUGCUACAAACGGGGUAGCAACCCCAAGGCGCCGUUAAUACAAACGACAAAACUAUGCAUUCUUCAACAAUAUUGUAGAUAAUAAAUAACUCUACAAUUGCC